AUGUCCGCUGAGACAGGCAACCCAUCGGCGGAGCUUCCACAGCUGCCUGAAGGCAACAGCAAUGUACACAAGCUGCCACCUGUACCGAAAGGCGCGACAGUCCGCCGACGCUCCGUACCAGCUCGGACCGCAUCCACCCGCUCCACGAACCGCAUCUACGUGACGCCCAAGACGCCCUUCCGCUCCGUCAGCAGCCGCGUGCGCAAGCAGCUCGACAAGUACCUGCAGCAGGCCUCGAACGACGUGCGCUCGUCCGCAAACUACCUCGCCAGAAAAAAAGACGCAUCGCUCAAGGAGCGCGUGCACCGGAUCCAGGCCGUGUCUCGGAGGGGCAACGGCGGCGGCGGGCUGACGGACCUCGAGGACGCGGGCGAGGUGCUGGUGUGCGGGACGGGACGCGCCAUCCAGAAGGUCGUCGAGGUCGCGCUGUUCUUCCAGAAGCAGCCGGAUUGCAUCGUGCAGCUUCGCACGGGCAGCGUGGGGGCCGUGGACGAUGUCGUCGUGGAGGGCGAGGAGCAGUGGGGAGCCGAGGGCGAGCAGAGGGCUAGGAUGAUGAGUUCUCUGGAGGUGUCUAUCAAACUCCGUUGA